AUGGGCAAAGAUUUCUAUAAAAUAUUAGGCCUUAGCAAAGGUGCCUCUGAUGAUGAUAUAAAGAAAGCUUAUCGAAAGCUUGCUUUGAAAUAUCACCCUGAUAAAAAUAAAGAUCCAGGUGCUGAAGAAAAAUUUAAAGAAGUAGCUGAAGCCUAUGAAAUAUUAUGUGAUCCGAAAAAGAAAGAAUUAUUUGAUAAAUAUGGUGAAGAAGGUUUAAAGGCGAACGGCGGCACAGGUGGUGGUGGUGGUGGUGGCGGUCAACAAUUCUUUUACUCCAAUGUUGAUCCUCAUCAAACCUUUCGAAUGUUCUUUGGUGGUGGCGAUCCAUUUGCCAUGUUUUUCGGUGCUGACGGUAGUAAUACUGGUAUUAGUGUUGGUGAUGAUGAUGGCCUAGGCGGUUUUGGUCCAUUUUCUAAUAUGGGAGGCGUUCAUUUCGGUAAUCGCGGUGGUUCACAAAUGCACGGAACUAGAAAGAAGACUCAAGAUCCUCCAAUUGAGCAUGAACUGUUUGUAUCACUUGAGGAAAUUGCAACAGGUGCAACGAAGAAAAUGAAAAUCUCAAGAAAAGUUUUGAAUUCUGAUAAUCGCUCAACUCGCAUUGAGGAUAAAGUUUUGACAAUUGAUAUAAAACCUGGUUGGAAACAAGGUACUAAAAUAACAUUUCCACGCGAAGGUGAUCAAACAUCAACAACCAUACCGGCGGAUAUUGUAUUUAUAAUCAAAGAUAAACCACAUCCAACGUUUCGUCGAGAUGGUAGCGAUAUUAUUUAUACAGCUAAAAUCACUCUUAAAGAGGCAUGUUAA